UAACAUCAAGUUACAUCACAAAGUUAAAAAAAAAAAAAAAAAACCAAUAGUUUUCCUAGGCCCCGCCUAGGUGCCCUAUGCACUAGGCCCUAGCCUAGCGCCUGACUAGCGCCUAGCGUGUAUUAGAACACUGCCCAACAUUAUGGUCUCUGGUCCAUUGAUCAGUUUUAUUUCUGUAUUAUCUUCAAUUUAAGUGAUAUCAAAGCAUUAAUUUCAUGCACUUAUUUGCUCAGUGUAUUGUUAUUGAAGAUGCAUUAGCUGGAGUGCAAGCUGCUAGAGCUGUGCAGAUGAGGUUGAAUAUGUCUUUGGACGCACAUUUUACUUAAAUAUAGAUAUGUGGGUGGAUGUCGAUAUGUUUCCACUCAUAAUUAUAGAUACAGCACAGAUAUUUAUCUAUUUAUUCUUUAUUUAGCAAGCCUUUUUAGCUCCAAAAUUAUGUUUCUUAUGUAGCAAUAGCAUAUUUUUUUUUUAAGUAUAGCAGUAACAAGUUCUUCUUGGAGAUGUAUAGCGUGACAACAACAUUGUCAGAAGACACUCUAAAAAAGGCUGCUCCAUCACUUAUCAGACAGGAGAUACGGAGUAUUUCACUUGAUGACAUAAGUAGUGGUGGCUCUGUUUCAAAUAACGAGAAGAUGCAGGGAGCCCAACUUGGUAAUUCCUCUGCUCAAAUGUCUCCACCACCUCUCAAGGAUAGGAGAGAGAGUGGGUCAUUCCCAGAUAUAAAUUCUUCAAAUGAUGCAGCCUUCUCAAUUGGAGGGGUUCUUGUUGAGAUAUUUUAAGAUAUGGAAGUCUGGGGGUUGCUACCUCAUGUUUCAUUUUCACGAUUACUAACUGGAAGGUACGAGUAUGCAACUGGAAAGAAAUAUGGACGGUCUAAGUAUUUUGGUUUCGUCUCGAGACUCAUAUCCUCUUUUUCCCUUGUUGAGUUAGUUUAAAUAUGAUAUCUAGAAAUCCUUAAUAUUCCUUGGAGUGCUACUACUUUGCAGGCAAUGCAAUAUGCGUCUCUAAAGGCCAUCUGGAACUUGCUAUUUGGAGUAGCCGGACCCUCUUUUGAACAAAAUAAAGGUAUUGAUGAUCCUGAUGACAUUUUCUUGAAUUAUAUUCUCAUUGAUUUUUUCCCCUCUACUUCUGCUCGUAAUUCUAUCUUUUCUUUCAGUUCCACAAAUGUUUUUUUUUCCUAUUCUAUACGGACAAUUGUUUGUCUAUACAAAUAUUCAAAUGCAAGAUUCCAGUUCUUCUGUUAUGUAUUAGCCAUUUGAAAUCUACAUGGACUUGUAAAAAAAUUUGUUGUAUUCCUAUGUAUAUCAGUUACAGGUUUACCCUGUUCUGCUAGAGUUCAACAAUUUGUGAACUAUAUAUCUGAACUGGAAACUGGGUCACUGAGUUCCCUUGUUCCUAUUCUUAUAUUUGAAAAUUAGAUUUCAUAAUUAAGUUU